AUGAAAGCUCCAAACUUUAUUAACCAAUGGUUCUUCCACUUUGGUGUGGAUAGGUAUUUUAUUGUUAUUGAUGAUGUAUGGGAGGUACGCACCUGGGAAGCAAUCGAACUAGCACUUGUUGAGAAUAAUGGAAGUAAAGUAAUCACAACUACUCAAAAUGUUGAUGUUGCCAAAGCAUCUGGUGAGGUUUACAAGCUGAAACAACUUUCCUAUGAUGACUCCAUGAAAUUAUUUUAUACAAGGUUAUCUAGAGCAGACCGAAAGUUCCUUGAUAACCAUCCAGAUGACAUUUCUGAGAAAAUUCUAAAGAAAUGUGCUGGUAUACCAUUAGCAAUCAUCACAAUGGCUAGUUUGUUGGCCGGUGACAAUGUUGAAGGAACACCUGCACCAAGCAGUGUCCGUCGGUUAGCCAACCAAAACAGAAUAGCCGAGCACAUUAAUUCUGAAACAAUGGUUACCGGGAUGCCAAAAGUGAGGUCAUAUACCGCAUUCAAGUGUUUUAUUCAUAGUCAGGACGAGUUUUUGAGAUUUAAACUUUUGCGUGUGCUGGACAUAGUAUACUGCAGCUUUGAGAAAGGUUGCCACCUUGAGCAUCUUGGUGAUUUACUUCACUUGAGAUCUGGUCCAGCUAUGUGCUCACCGAUUGGGAUUGGGAAGCUGGUUUCCCUGGAGGAGCUAAGAAUAUUACCAGCCUGGGAUAAGCCCAAGAGAUUUUUCAAGGAGCUUGCCAGCCUGCGAGAACUGAGGGUGUUUGAAUUAGGCAGUUAUGGUGUGGUGGACAAGAGAGCAAUCUGCAAAAGAUCCAGCAUAUAUAUGUGUACGGUUCAAAUUGGAACACAGAUACAGCCAUGUGGGAAGCAGCAGGCUUUGUGCUCCCACGAGCAAUCCGUUAUUUGCAAUGCAAGCAAUAUUAACUCCAGUGAUCGCAGCUUCUUCCAGAAGUUGAGGCACUUUCGGACCAAUGCAAUGGUCCUGUUUGAGCAGCCCGACGAGGAGGACACUAGCGUUUCAUUGCAUAUGUGGGAUGGAGAGGAUGCUAUGCCCUUUGCCUCUAGAAAAAGCAAUGACUCCAGAAAAGUUAUACCCUCUGGCGUGAUGCCAAAUCUUGAAGUGCUACAUUUUAAUGUCUAUUUGCGGGCCCGUAACUACCGUGGGAAUAUUGGCUUGGAGUACCUGCCUUCCCUUCGGGCACUCAGAGGGCAGAUCAUUAGUUUUCCUGAUCCAAGUUUCUGCUUGAACCGUAAUAUGUACAGAAGAUUAGCUCAAAUGGUGUACAGAAGAUUAGCUCAAAUGGUGUCGGCUUCAAUGCUUCAGAGUCCACGUCAGCCCAUCGACACAAGUUCACUCGACUGCGAGCCAGACUGUGCCGGCUCUUAUGUUCACCCGAUCUAUUUUCUAUUCGAAUAA